AUGCCUCUGCCUGAACCUCCAGAGCAGAUGCCUCUGCCCGAACCUCCAGAAAGUAUUGCUCAGCGGCUCCGGCGCAUCCAACAGAAAGCACGAGAGCUCAAGAAAGAGAACAAAACGCUACACGAGAGGUUGAAUAGCAGAGGAUCGGCGCUUGAACAGGAAACGAAGAACAGCCACGAUAGUGUUGAUGCUUUCGCGGGGAUGCAGAGAGAAAUUCUGGCAGAGUAUGAGCAACUAUUGAGGGAACAACAAGCCGAAAUUCGAGCGCUACAAGAACAGUUGUCGAAAAUGGAUAGCAACGUUUCGUCCAAUCAAGGGAACUCUACCCCUGCUGUCGAUGACAGUUCGUAUUGCUCACAGCCAAGUUUACUUUGUAGAUGGCUGGCCUGUGUUUAUGGGUCUGGAAAUGAUGACGCCCGAAGUGAACUAAAGAACACCCACGGUGUGCUCCGCACCACUGUGUUACCAGCUGAAACCACGCCUCCAGGAUUGUGA